ACCGAGCGAGAGCCCUCCCCCGAACACCGCUGUCAGACCGAGUGAGGAACAAAAAGGGGACGACAGCCCUACGGUUCCUGGUUUGACCCUCAAUCUCUUAACCUCUGAAUCAAGCCAGAUGACUCGGAUAUUGAGGGUGCUCGAAUCUUAACUGCCUUCGUUUUCAGGCUGCCCCGCCAAGCCUCUCCGACUUCAGGAUGACAUCCAGUGCGAAUACCUGGGUGUGGUUUGCAGUCGUGCUGCUUAUCGCACUCAUGCGAUUUGUCUCUCGCAUCUUGCAAGUCGGUUUGCCCCGCAACUUGCAGAUCGAGGAUUUUGUGAUGCUCUUGACCGUGAUACUUUACAUAUUACUCACGGUCUUCCUCAUCCUGGUCGCUCAUCAUGGGACCAACGAAAUCCCCAUGGACCAGGUCGAUAGCGUCGAUCCCGCCACCAUCCCCGACCGCAUUGUUGGCAGCAAGAUGGUCAUUGUGGUGGAACAGAUGUGGCUGGGGGCAAUCUGGGGUUGCAAGGCUUGCCUGCUCUUGCUAUACUCGACCAUGACCAAGGGACUCUCGCAGCAUAAAUGGGUCAAAGGCAUCAGCAUCUUCUGCGCCAUCUCGUUCGUCGUGAUCGAGAUCCUCUUCUUCGGCGGCUGGUGCCACCCUUUCUCGGCCUACUGGAGCGUGCCCCCGAAGAGCGUUCAAUGCUCCGUGUACCGCAAUCACCUCACCCUCACGCUCGCGCUGAACAUCGCCACCGACCUGAUGAUCAUGGCCAUCCCGCUCCCACUCCUGAUCAAAGCCAAGCUGAACCUGACGAAGAAGCUGACGCUGCUGGGAGUCUUCUCGCUGGGGGCCUUCGUGAUCCUAUGCUCGAUCCUGUCGAAAUACUACUCGCUGUCACAGCCGUACGGUGACGAGUGGGUGGACUGGUACGUGCGCGAGGCCGCGACGGCGGUAAUCGUGGCCAACCUGCCGCAAACGUGGACGCUGUUCCGUCGGAUGUUCAACCUGAAGGGAUUCCUGCACCACUCGUCGUACGACCGCAGCCGCAGCCGCAGCCGCAAGAGCAGAUUCACCAGCCGCUUGGACAGCUCGACCAUCCACCUGUCGCGCUUCCGCAACGGCGACAAGUCGCAGCUGCGCUCCACCAUCGACCGCACCGAGUCCGGCGAGCGCAUCACCGAAACCCCCCUGGAGAUCUGGGAGCAUCGCCAGUUCCACGUCACCAAUGAGGCCGAGUCGACGCGCCGCAGCCCGAGUCUGAGCGACACCAGCAGCGCCGCCAGCAUCGAGUUCGAGGGGGGGAACUUGCAGGGGCCCCAGGUCAAGACUACAGUGACCACUACCACGACGCCGAUAUAAUCCGAACAACUAUCCAAGCAUGGCGUUUGUUUAUUAUCAACAAUGAGGGACUGACCAACCCCUAUCACACUCGUUUGACAUUUCCUUUACCUAUCCAGAUA